AUGAUUCACUAUAGAAAUCUUCCAACCGUAUACAGAAAUGAUAUGGAAAACUAUCAGAUUCGUCGAUUCGAGAAAGCCAGUGGUUUUAAGAUAUCUAAGAAAGUUUAGAUGGGUAGAAGAAGAACAGUUAGAAUUCAGCCAUAAUUAUUAAUGACUUCUUAGAAGUAGCACUUUGUAGAAUUAGUAGCAUUAAAUGAAGAAAAAUCUAAAUAUUUAUUGUACAAAAGUGAUAUAAAAAAGGUUCAAAUUUAAUAAAAGAGGAAAAAGUUCUGAAUCUCUUGGAGAAGGUACAUUAAAUAAUAAUGCAUAAUUGGUAAUGUUAUCACUCCCUUAUUUUUGUACAAAUCAUAAUAAAAGAUAAACUAUUAUGAAUAAAUGGAAAUAAAUAAUUUGGGGAGUGAGAAUCAUUUUGAGAUAUAAAAAGAUUUUUAAGGAAUAGGCCUUUUUUGAUUAAUUAAAAAGGCUACCAAAAAGAAGAAAACUUUCAUCUCCAAUAUCUGGUUUUAAAAGUCCUAAGAAAAGAAGGUUGCCAGUAAAAUCAAGCGAUAAUUAUAAUUUUACUAUGACGACAAAAGAGUUGCCUUAGGACACAAGUCGUAGUAAAACAAGUCGUAAAUUAAGAAAUCAAUUCUCAGAAAAUUUCUAAAAAUCUAUUUACUAUUAAAACUUGAAAUAAUAGGAGUAAAGAUUAGAAAGACUAAGAACCAAUAGUUUAUAUUAAUUAAUGAGUUCAUAAGAAAAAUAAUCAAUGAUAUCAACAAGAACUCAAUCUGUUUUGAUAAGAAAAAUGAGGAUAAAAAGGUAGACUAUCUAAUGA